AAUAUCGGCGCUUGGAAUCCUGGGGACCCGAGUGCGAGCUGGCCGGGUUCUCGAUCGUGCGCCGGGAGGCGAAGCGGGUUUCCUUGGGUCCUGCCGGGUGGCGCACGCGGCUGAGCUUCAGAAAGGAGCAGCCCAUGAUGAGGGACACGUGAACCCUGGAGGCCUCGGGCUUGGUGCUGCCUCAUGGUUCUGAACCUCCCUGACAUUAGAGCUGGGGGUGACCAUGCCCCCCAUGGCAGAGAACCUGAGGUGGCACCGGGGAAGGAAGUUACAGCCCCUGAUGGUGGCUCCUUGUUGUCGUCUCUGCUGUAGCCACCGCCAUGCUGCCACCGUGUUCAGAUCGGGAACUGAGUGAGCUGCUGGCUCGCAAGGAGGAGGAGUGGCGAGCUCUGCAGGCCCAUCGCGCCCAGCUGCAGGAGACAGCUCUACAGACGACGCAGAAACAUCUGGAGGAGACACGAGGGCAGCUGCAGCGCCUGCAGGAAGAUUUCGUGUACAACCUUCAAGUGCUGGAGGAGCGGGACCGUGAGCUGGAGCGCUACGACAUUGAAUUCACCCAGGCCCGCAGGCGGGAGGAGGCCCAGCAAGCAGAGGCCAGUGAGCUGAAGAUAGAGGUGGCCAAGCUGAAGCAGGCACUCUCCAGGGAGGCCAGGCACGUGGAGGAGUUGCAGCAUCAGCAUGAGCGGACGUUGCAGGAGCAUCACUUGGAGCUGGAGCGUGUCCACAGUGACAGGAGGAAUGAAAUCGACCAGCAGCAGGAGCAGUAUGAGGAUCUGAAGUGGAAGCUGGGGAGAAAACUGAGGGAACUCGACGGUGAACUUGCUCUUCAAAGACAGGAGCUGCUGCUGGAGUUUGAAUCUGAGAUGCAGAGACGGGAGCACGAGUUCCAGCUGAGGGCAGACGACAUGAGCAAUGUGGUCUUGGCCCAUGAGCUCAAGGUGAAGCUACUGAACAAAGAGCUGCAGGCUGUGAGAGAAGCUGGGGCGCAGGCCACAGAGAGUCUGCAGAAGGCAGAGGCAGAGCACAUCGAGUUGGAGAGGAGGCUACAGGGCCAUGCCCUGGAGUUCCAGAAUCUGGAGGCCGUGAAGGAUGCUCGGAUAAAGGACUUGGAGGAGAAGCUUCACUCUGUACAGCUGGCCAGUAAGAGAACCGAGGACACCGUCAGGAGGAAACAUGAAGAGCUUGACCGUGAAGCCAGGGAGAAAGACGCAGUGCUGGCAGCAGUGAAGAGCGCCCAUGCAGAGCAGCUGCGAGCGCUGGAGGCCAGGGUGCUGCAGCUGCAAGCCCACUGCGAAACCCUGGAGGGGCAACUGCGCAGGGCCGAGUGGACGCGAGCUGAUGAUGCCAAGGAAAAGAAUGCCCUUAUUGACAAACUUCAUGAAGACGCGGCAGCUUUGAAAGCUGCCUGGGAUGCCCAGAUCACUCAGAUGUCCAAGGAGGCUGUCUCCAAAGACCUUCAGGUCCAGAUGCUACAGGAAGAAGAGGGGAAGCUCAAGGCACAGGUGGCCAGGUUCCAGAAGGACAUAGACAGGUACAAGCAGCAACUGUCCCUGGCAGUGGAAAGGGAACAGAGCCUGGAGCGCGACCAGGUGCAGCUGGGUCUAGACUGGCAGCGCCGUUGCGAUGAUGUUGAGCGAAACCAGAUCCAGAAAUCAGAGACUUUGAUCCAAGGGCUGACCAAGGCCAGAGACCAGGUUGCUGCUAAGCUCCAGGAGACAGAGAAGGCGCUGCGUCAGCAGGAGACGUUGCUGAAGGCUGUGUCACUGGAACGAGACCAGGCCGUGGAGACUCUGCGGACACACGGGCUAGUCCCCGGACAGGAGGCACAGGUACCUCCACAGCAGCACGAAGGAGAAAUGAGGAAAGAGUCUCCAUCUAGUGAGAUCCAGAGGCUGCAGGAGCAGAAUGCGGGUCUGCGGAACGCUGUUGCACAGAUGAGGCGAGAGAUGGAAAUGCUGAGCAGCCAUCUUCCUUCUGCUCAACCGGAAGAGUGCUCGGAGCCAAGCCCUGAUCCCCUGGCUGGAGGAGAUCCGGCCCCUCCGGAUUAUGUUCUGGCGCUUGAAGCAGAAAUGCAGAACCUAAAGCACAAGCUGAAAGCCCUGGAAGAGCAGCAGCGAGGUGUCGGAGAGUCAGUGACGGUGGCCUUGCCCACUGCCGACGCACAGCCUGGUGCCCACAGCUCCGCAGAAGAGGCUGGAGCGGCUUUGACUGGCCAGGCAUCUGUCGCGUUAGCACUCAGAAAACUCGGAGACAGAGUGCAUCUCUUGAACCUGCUGGUGACACAGCUCAAAAAGAAGCUGUGGCAGAAACCCCUGGAGUCGAUCUCUGUCUUGCACGAGCUCCCCAGUGAAGUGGACCAGGUGCACCUGGAGGUUUUGGAGCUGCAGAAGCAGGUGGCUGAGCUACGGAAGCAUCUCAAGAUGCCCCAGCCCCAAGGAGAGCCUUCUCUCAGGGAGGAGCUACAGAGAGAGGGCCUGACUAACUGGAGACCCAUGGUCACAAAGGACCAGACGGAGUUCCCUAGUCUCCCCCAGGAAGGGGCUCAGCCUCCACAGUCCGUAUCCGUGCGACAUCUGCAAAGGAAGCUGAAGGUCGCAGCUAAGAAGAUACUCAGCCUCAGCCUUGAGAAGGAGCAGCUCCUGGAAAUGGGGAACAGACUCCGAGCAGAGCAGGGCCUCCCUAGAGGGAAACUGACUCCUUGCCCACUUCCUCCCACCUCUGAGUCCCGGGACCCCCGUGAGGUGCCUUUGGACCGUGACCUACCUUUGGGACAGCUGCAGCCCCACUCAACAGCUCAGGACCCCAGGCACACCAAGAGAAAAUGUGUUUCUGGAUACUCAGGGAAAGAUCAACCACACUCCGCCCACGCGGUCAGCAAAAGAAGCACCACACGAGGCUCCCAGGCAGGCAUGGCAUCUACCCAUGAAGGCAGCAAAAGCAGCACUGCACGAGGCUCCCAGGCGGGCAUGGCACCAAGGCCUGCUCAGAGACAGCACAGAGUCCCCACAGAGACCUGGAAGUCAGCGCAUCAGAAAGAAAACAGGUCCCCAAAGCUGCCAGCACAGGCUCCCGAAGUCCCCGAGGAAAGUGACCACCACAGGUCAUCUUCGCUGGCCAGCAGUUCCCUGCAGGACACCUGGAAGCUGUUGGACCUGGGAUCCAGCCUUUCGGGAGUCCCCUCUCAGGACGAUUCAGCUGCAGCAGAGUGCCCAGCAUCUCCAGGAGCCAGCUGUCUCCAGAAGGUCGACCAGAGCCCUGUCACCAUGCAAAGCCCCUUUGCUGUCAAAGGGCUAAAGAUGGAAGCGCAGCCGAAGGCCACACAUCCCAGACCCAGCAAGUCUCGUCCAGCUAAACCUACAAACUGCCAGCAGCCGGGGCAUCCCAGGAUCCGCAACUACAACCUCAAGGACUAAGCCUCAGCCUCCUGCAGGGGACCCAAGAGUGCUUCCGCCUCGGUGCUUGGAGCCUGUGCUGGUGCAGGUGUACACAUGGCACGCAGGCGGCUGUGAGCACAGGCAGCCUCCCAGUGAUGGCCUUCCUGAUGCCACCAAGCCAUUAAAACCCUCCUCCUUCUGCCUGGCCUGCAAAGUUGUCUAUCUUGUCCCACUGCCACCUGCCUACAUGGCCACUGACAGCCACUGCACACUGACUGUGUCGUUCUCUAGAACCUGGCAGUUGAGUAGCUACCUACGAAGUAUGUUCUCAAAGAACAUUGUACGAGCCUGGUGGGGCCCCAUCACCCUAAGUACCGCAGGAACAUAUCCAUAUGCCCUUCUGAAAACCUCAUCAUGAGACCUACCUUAGGCCAAUUCCUGCCCCAAGUAGAACUUAAGGAUGGCUUUGGCCUUGGCCUUGCUGGGUAUCCUCCAAGACAGACAUGUGGAGGGCUUUCGGAGUGUAGGUCUCUCCCAGGUCUAGGUUUCUUUGUGACAAUGACUAGUCUUGAGAAUCUUUUUUUAAAAUAUUUAUUUAUUUAUU